AUGAGUCACCCUGUGGAAGAUCUCGUGCAAGCACAGCACAACUUGUUCGGGUUGCUUUCGCGAUCGUAUGAGAAUAUGAAGAAAGCAGGAGAAGCUAAUAUCACACUCGGACUAUUGGAAGCCCGCCUCCAGACGUUGGAAGGUUAUUGGAGUAAGUUCGUGACACGUCAUGAGCAGUUGCUCAUGGAGUACGGGGACGACCUUGAGGGGCACGAGUAUGUGACAGACGACUUGAUGCUCAAGGCGGACAUUUCUUAUCACACGCAGAAGGGCAAGUAUCUGGACGACAUGCGCGCGAUAACUAGUCCGGGCAAAGCGGCGGUCGCCGCGCCCGAUGCUGCCGUCGCAGCAGCCGCUCCCGCUGUCGCGGUGGCGGCUCCCGUCGCUACGAAGUUGCCUCGCAUUUCCAUACCUCAGUUUUCCGGACGGUAUGAAGACUGGCCAGCCUUUCGCGACCUCUUCAUUUCUCUAGUAGUCCGAAACCUGUCCGCCUCGUCGGUGGAGAAGCUGCACUAUUUCAAAACGAGUUUGAAGGGGGAAGCGGAACAGGUGACUCGACAACUGCCAACAACGGACGCUAACUUUGAGCGUACCUGGCGUGCCCUGGUCGAUCACUAUGAGAACAGGAGGCUCCUGGUGCGGUUCUACAUCUCCAGGCUGCUAUCACUGACUAAGAUGAAAGGUGAGUCUGCUGCCGAGUUACGCAAAAUCUAUCAUUGCGUGCAGACUACCUUAGGCUCAUUGGAGGGGGUCGGUCGACCCUUGGCGCGGAGUGACGAUCUUUGCGUGCAACUAAUCACGGAACUUCUUGACACGGUGUCGCGGCGCGAGUGGGAGACGCAGCUCAGCCGGACGACGGAACCGCCGUCUCUCGAUGAGUUGCUUGUUUUCGUUAAUCAACGGAUGCGUACCCUCGAGUCUCUUGCACCCGCGAAGAGCGAAACGAACGCUUCCAAGGGCAGUUCGAGUUCUACCCGGUCGAGGACCGCGUUGCAGGUCCGUAAGCAGGACAGUCAGCGAGGCCGCUGCUUCCUAUGCAAUGGUGAACAUUACGUGCGGCAAUGCGAGAAGUAUCUCGGGAAAUCGGUGGCAGAGCGCAGGCAGUACGUGGAGGCGAAUAAUUUGUGCGUGAAUUGCCUCGGGAGGCAUAAGUUAUCCGAAUGCCCGUCGCGGAAAACAUGCUUAUCGUGCAGCGAGCGUCACCACUCGACGUUGCAUGACGCCUUCGUCGCCGUCGCUGCGGUCACGGUUCACGCCACAACACCGAGACCAGCUGCUGCUGUCGCCACGCUUGUGAUGACCGCGCGCGUCCGCGUAACCGACCGACACGGUGUCAAUCACUUCGCGCGGGCUCUGAUCGAUCCUGGGGCUGAGUCCUCGCUGGUGACGGAGUCAUUGGCGCAGCGACUCCGGCUGCCCCGUUCGCACACUUCUGUGGCGGUAUUCGGGGUCGGUGGUGUCCAGACGGGUGUUGCCCGCGGCCGAGUUGACUUGCGCGUCUCGCCUCGCCGGGAGGGCUCUCCGAUUGUUGUGUCGGCACUGAUCUUCCCUCGCUUGCCGCUCUACGAGAGCGAUAUGCAGGCCGACAGUACGGGGUGGCCUCAUCUCGCUGGCCUGGCUCUCGCUGACCCGGACUUUCUGAGGGCGGACCCGGUGGACAUCCUCUUGAGCGCGAACGUGUACGCCGCCAUCCUCCAGACCGGGCUGCGGAAGGGCGGGCCUGGCCAACCUGCGGCGCAGCGGACAUCAUUUGGCUGGCUUCUCGUGGGGCCCGUCGGCACGGCGGAGACUCCUCCGCGUGCUCUGACCUUGCAGUGCCGUGUUGAGGACGACCUCGCUUCUUUGGUGAGAGGAUUCUGGCAGCAGGAGGAGCUGCCUGUGGGACCCGCACCUCUCACUCCGCUCGACCAGGAGUGUGAGGACCUGUUCCGUCGCACGCAUCGCCGUCAAGACGACGGCCGUUACAUCGUGCGCCUCCCGGUGAUUAACCCGCUGCCUGACUUGACUGCUACGAAGCGCGCUGCCUUGUGCGCUUUUACGGGGACGGAGAAGAGGUUCGCUCGAGAUGACCGACUGCGCGAGCUGUACCUCGACUUCAUGCGAACGUAUGAGGAGUUCGGACACAUGGUUCGCUCGGACGCUGCAACGGGAGCCAGAGUGAGCUAUUUACCUCAUCAUGGCGUACUGCGUGAGGCCAGCUCGACCACUAAGCUGCGCGUGGUAUUCAACGGCUCUGCAGCUGGCUCCUGCGGAGAGUCGCUGAAUCGGAGCCUCCUGGUGGGUUUGAAUCUGUUACCUCCGCUCGCUGACGUCUUGCUGCGCUGGCGAUUGCAUCGCUACGUCCUGGCCACGGACGUAGAGAAGAUGUAUCGCCAGAUUCUGGUCCACCCUGAGGACCGGGACCUCCAGCGCAUCCUUUGGCGGUCUAGCGCCCGGGAUGAAGUAGCGGAGUUCCACCUGAACACCGUGACAUACGGCUUAGCGUGUGCGCCGUUCCUGGCCAUGAGCACUCUCCGCCAGCUGGCCGACGAUGAAGCGGACAACUACCCGCUGGCGGCUCAAGCUCUCUGUCGGGACGUCUACAUGGAUGACGUCUUAACAGGUGCCUCGAGUCUGGAGGAGGCGUUUGAGCUACGCCGACAGUUGACCGACCUGUGCAUGGCGGGCGGCUUCCCCCUGCGCAGGUGGUCGACCAACGAGACGCGAAUCUUGCAAGACGUUCCAGCGGAACACCGCAUGCAGCAGGCGCUGCGAGACUGGGGACCGCACGAGACACACGGUACCUUGGGCUUGCGGUGGCAUCCCGCUACUGACGAAUUUUCAUUCACCAUCCCUGCUAUCUCUUUGACCGAGGUGACAAAGAGAUCGGUACUGUCCUUUACUGCUCGACUGUUUGAUCCUCUAGGUUGGCUGGCUCCGGCAGUGAUGCGAGCCAAGAUCGCCUUCCAGUCGACUUGGCUGAUGGGUCUCGACUGGGACGAUCCUCUCGACGAGGGGGCGGGACAGCUGUGGCGCGAGUACGAGGCUGCUCUUCCCCGUCUGCGGGAUGUACGAAUUCCGCGACGAUUGGACGCCGGUUUGUUGAGCGGUGACAUGGAGCUCCAUGGCUUUGCCGACGCCUCUGAACGCGCCUAUGCUGCUGUCACCUACUUGCGGACGGGCUCUGGUGCGACCUGGAGGACCUGCCUUAUCGCGGCCAGGACAAAGGUCGCGCCCUUGAAACUUGUGACUCUGCCAAGGUUGGAGUUGUGCGCUGCUACACUUCUUGCAAGACUGGCGGCGCAUGUCCGAGCUACGCUCGGUCUUGACCGGACGGCGAUGCAUUUGUGGUUGGACUCUACGGUCACUCUGGGCUGGGUACGCGGCCACCCGACUCGGUGGAAGACCUUUGUAGCGAACCGCGUUGCUGAGAUUCAGACCAGGGUCCCUGACGCUCAGUGA